AUGGAAGUGCAACCUAAGACUGUCGAAGAUCAAACAUUUAAUGACUAUAAUGUACCUAUUUUCAGUUAAUUCACCUACUCAUUCCCCAACAUGGAAAAAACGCAAAUGAAAGAACUUAAAUAGUUCAUUAAAGUCCAAUUGCAGUUACAAGAACUCUAUGUUAAUUAUGUGAAGAAUGUCUAGAACAGUAGUAAUUAGGAGGCACUUGAAAAUGGUCAUUCUGAUGCUCAACUUUAGAACAGUCAUUUUGAUAUUGCGUAGAUUUAGAAAGUUUUAUACAAGCCUCUCGUUAUUGUUGGACCAUCAGGAGCUGGAAAAGGAACAUUAAUUGAUCACAUUGUAACUAAAUACUCAGACAAGUUUGGCUUUAGUGUUUCAUACACUACUAGAAACCCAAGAGUCGGAGAGGUCCACGGCAAGAACUACUACUUUGUUUCCAAAGAGGAAUUCUAAAAAAAGAUCGAGAAUAAUGAUUUCAUAGAAUACUGUCAAGUGCACACCAAUUUCUAUGGCACCGAAAAAGCUUAAGUUAGAGACUUUUAGAAGAGUGGUAUUAUUCCUCUGCUAGAUAUAGAUAUUUAAGGAGCUAAGAAAGUAUAUGCAGCCUUCCCAGAAGCUAACUUCAUAUUUAUUUGCCCACCUUCAAUGUAGGAGCUGAAAAACAGACUCGUAAAGAGAUCAACUGAUUCUGAGGAAUAAAUCUAGAUCAGACUUAGAAACGCUGAGAAAGAAAUAUCAGAAUGCCUUUACUCAAAGCAAAUGAUUUAGUACAGAAUAGUUAAUGAAGACCUUAAUAAGUCAUUCCAAAUUUUCACUAAGUUAAUUGAGGCUCUUUAUGACAAUGAACUCGGUCUUGUUUCAGAUUAAAGUGAGCCUGCUUAAAUAAAUGGACAAUAUAUAAUUGAUCUAUGA